UUAUGUACUGUCAAUCACCUGUCAAUUCCACUCGUUCAAUAAACCUGUAGUUAUGACUUCAGAAAAACCUCUUUUGCAAUUCGUACCUCUUUCGUCUUUUGUCCAGCCCAGUUUUUGGAACAAAUUAUCCGAGCUGAAAAUCAAUGUUGACAAACUCAACGAUAAAGAACGUGAGAUUUGUGGCUUCUUCUCCAACAUACCUACGACUUGGACUACACAUAUUGUAGAAGUGGACAGCACCUCAUUUAAUUCAACUUUCAAUAGUCAAAAUAAUAACAUUCCAUUUCAUGGCAAAAUCUUCAACAAGAACACCAUCGAACAGUUUAAAGACUGCGAUAAAACAAAAUUAAUCAAUGCAGAAGGUAGACAAUUUUUGGACGAUCUGAAAAGCGGGAAGGUUUUGGAAACGCCUUCAAAGCUUAAUUUCUUUUUUGUGCUGUCAUUUAGUGAUCUCAAAAAAUACCACUUCUACUACUGGUUUGCCUUUCCAGUACCUUACAAUUUGCAAGUAAAAGUAGAUGAGAUUUCACCAAUUUCUAGCCACUUUUCUGAAGCACAGAUUGCAGCUUUGGGUGAGGAGUAUCUAAGACUUGAUCCUCAUCAGAAGGCGUAUUUUUUGGUUCAAGAUAGCAAAAUUGACACACUUCAGUCAAAAUUGGGCGAUGUUGGUGUGUCAAAUUAUACUGAAUAUUUGUUUGCGUUUGCUGACUUUGUUAAUGAAGGAAAACACCCUAAAUCUCAACUAAAAAAUUACAUAAUUUUGUUGUUGCAUUACUGUCCCUUCUUGAGUGGCAAAAGUGUCAAUUUUCUGUUGUUAUUCUUAAACCGCAAAUUAUCUUGCACUGAAAGCUUAAUCUACAAAUUAACUUUACCUGAAUGCACCUCCAUCGAAGACAUUAUUUAUGGAGGUGGCGAAAACGCAUGGGCUGGAUGGGAAAAAAACGAGAAAAACAAAUUCGGGCCUAGAAUGUCUAACAUGAAAGCAACCAUGGAUCCAGAAAUACUAUUUGAAGAAAGCGUCGAUUUGAACCUGAAACUAAUGAAGUGGCGCCUACUCCCUGAAAUAGAUUUAAACAAAAUUAGAAACGCUAAAUGUCUUUUACUAGGAGCUGGAACUUUGGGUUGUUCUGUAGCAAGAAAUCUACUAGGCUGGGGCGUUAGACAUAUUACUUUUGUUGAUAAUUCUACAGUAUCAUACUCAAAUCCAGUCAGGCAACACCUAUUCAAUUAUGAAGACGCUAUUAGUAAUAAACCAAAAGCUCAAGCCGCUGCUGAUAAUUUGCGAAAAAUUUUUCCAGCAGUUAACGCUCAAGCACACCAGUUUACUAUACCAAUGCCGGGGCACAACGUAGGCGACAACACCCUUGAAAGUGUAAAACAAACUGUGGAGGACUUGAAAAAUCUCAUUCAAGAACAUGAACUCAUUUUUCUCUUGACUGAUUCAAGGGAGAGUCGGUGGCUGCCUACACUUUUAGGGGUUUUCUAUAAUAAAAUUGUAAUUAAUGUGGCUUUAGGCUUUGAUACUUAUUUAAUUAUGAGAUAUGGGCGCAAAGAUGGUGAGAUUGUGGAAGAAGGGGAGAGUUCUGCAAGUUGUAAAAUUCCAGGUGCUGAGCUUGGGUGCUAUUUUUGCAAUGACGUCACAGCACCAGGAAAUUCACUGAAAGAUAGAACUCUUGAUCAACAAUGUACAGUAACCAGACCUGGCGUAUCAUCUGUAGCUGGAGCUUUAGCAGUAGAGUUAGCUAUCUCAGUGCUACAACACGAAGAGGGUAUUAACGCCCCUGCUUUCUACAAAACCGGGGUUCACUCUGAGUUAAACCCUGAGGAACAUGCAGGGAUUUUGGGGAUUGUACCCCACUCAAUUCGAGGCUUCUUAUCAAGUUUCAUGCACGUCUUACCUGCUACGCCAAAGUACCAACAAUGUAUUGCUUGCUCCAGUAUUGUGGUUGAAGAGUACAAAACCAAAGGAUUUGAAUUUCUUCUAGAAACAUUUAAUAGUUCAUCGUACUUAGAAAAUCUGACUGGACUUACCGCACUGUUUGAUGAUGCAAACUACAUAGACGUGUUAGAAAUCAGCGACAACGAGUUUGAGAAUUAAUUUCGCCCAUGUUGGAAGAACUGAAAAAUGACACCAAAGCCUCCUUCGCUUUCGAUGUUUCGUAUUUGCUAUUAAAGUACAACAAAAAGCACCAUAUUUAUAAAAACGGGUUGUGUGUAUUAAAUAAACAAUAAAGCUUU